AAACAUUAUUUUCGUUUUAUCACGGGUCACCUGUAUUGAAGACUGUGAUGCUCUUCGUGUAAUAGGACGGAUUUACUAACAGAUAAAGCGAAAAUGUCGAGCAGAAGUAAUAACGAUUUGUUUCCGCCUUCGUUGUUUAAAUUUGACCAUUUGUCUGGUCCAGUGAAACAGCACCUGAAGAAUGUGUACAGUACUCUGUCGAUCGGGAUGCUCACGGCCUGUGUUGGAGCCUAUGUCCAUCUCUUUACCGGGAUCAUGCAGGCUGGCUUGCUGACGGCUCUUGGCUCGGUUGGCCUGAUGAUGUGGUUGAUGUUCACCAAACACAGUAAGGAGACGCAGCUCAAACGACUGGCCAUCUUCUCCGGAUUCACCUUCUUGUCUGGACUGUCUUUGGGCCCACUUCUUGACAUGGCGAUUCAGAUCGAGCCGUCCAUCAUCCCGUCAGCGUUGAUGGGGACGUCGGUCAUCUUCAUCAGCUUCUCCCUCGCAUCCAUCUACAGCAGCAAUGACCGGACCUUCCUCUACAUGGGAGGAGUCCUGCUGUCUGCUCUCUCGUGGAUGGUGCUUCUCACCUUUGCGAACAUCUUCUUCGGCUCACAGAUGAUCUACGAUAUCACACUGUACGGGGGACUGAUUCUGUUCUGUGCAUUCAUCCUCUUUGACACACAGCUCAUUAUCGAAAAACGUCUCCAUGGGGAUGAUGAUUACAUCUGGCACAGCGUUGACCUGUUCCUCGAUUUCAUUCAAGUUUUCCGCCGACUUGUCAUCAUCCUGUCAAACAAGGAAAGCAAGAAGAAUAAGAAAAACUGAAGACAUCGCUUCAACACUGGAUAAAGAAUUCAAAACAGACUGUUGUAAUGUGUGUCCUCUCUUAAAGAUUUCAAACAGACUGUUGUAAUGUCUUCAUUCGAACAGUAAACUCAGACUAUUGUAACAUUAUUGUCCUUGUAAAGAUUAAAAAAAUAAAUGGAUUCACAGUAAAUACAGAUUGUUGUAAUGUUGUCAAUUAAAGAAAACAAAGAUUAUUGAAUGUCCUCUCUAAAGGUUAAUUUCCUUCAAUGGAUUGUCUUGCCAAGAAGUAUACACAUUUGUAUAAUUUCUAUUAACCUAAUCAGAAUCCAUAUUUAAAAAAAUUAUUUAUAAAAUACUAUGUAUUCAGGAGAAGGUGGAAGGGGGAAAAAAAGUUGCAUUGUGUUGUGUGUAUUAUCAAUGUGUGGAUUGUUCUGUUAAAAAAAUUUAAAUUGCCUUUGAGUUCCAUUGUAAUUUUUAUUGAAAAUCCUUUUUUGCAGACCCCCAAUAGCAUUUUAUCUUAGUUUGAUUAAAUGUUUCUUUAGUCCAGAUGCACACCGUCUUUUUUUCCCUUCUAUAUACAGUAUAAAUGUAGUGAAGUUUUAUUUAGUUAUUUGUCUAAAAUUUUAUAUAAUAUAUAUUAACAAUAUGACAUGUAGUAUAUUUAUAGUUAACUACUAAUAACAAUUCAAGCUAAUGCCAUGUGAUUUAUAUUAUAUUCAUCUAUAAAAGCAUUUAAUUAUGUAAAUUGGAAAAAACAACAACCCAGCUUUUCAUACAUUUUCGUAAUUAAUGUUCAUGAUUUAAUUUUUUUUCAGUCGAUUCAUAAUCUUGAUAUUGAUUUAAGGCAAAUGUAUUGCAGGUAAAUGGAAUGAAAAACAAUAAUUUGGUUACUUUUAGAUUAGAUUGGCAUGUAAAUUGAAUUAAAUUAAAUUGCUUUUAGAUUGGUACGUAAAUUGAAUUAAAUUACUAGUAAAUUGUUUUUGACUUGACUGGCUUUUCAAAGUGGCAUCAGUUUUCAUGGUAUUUCCAUAUUUUCUUCUGUCACCAGUGUUCUGUGUUGUAGUUAGUGACACUGAAUAUGUGUUUUGCAUAGGCAUCUUUUUAUUUUAAGUUGAGUUGAUUUUGUUCUCAUUAUCAGGAGUGGGAAUUCUCCUGGGAUCAUCUCUCAUGGAACAUUGCGUUUCCUCGCAUUUUAUAAGCGACCUUUCCUCCAAAAUGGUUCAGAUGGCACUGAUUUUAACACAGGAUUUCAAGAAUUUCCUGGAACCCUCUAGAUUUCCUCUUUUUUACAGUUCAGCAAUUCCCACCUCUGCAUUAUUUCCUUUCUUUUUUCUUUUUUUUCUGAUGUAAUAUAUUUUAUUUAUUAAUGUCUUGUCCAUUUGGUCCAUGAACAUUGUAUUGUAAACCCAGAUUUAUUACUUACUUGCGAUGUCAAUUAAACUUGAAUUCAUAUUAAAUUUAAUUUCUUUUAUAAAGUACAUAAAUAAUAUUGUUUUAAAAUGCCCAACAAAAACAAACGGUUAGUUAACCAUUAUUUACUAUUAAUAUAUUGACAUCUUUUUCUUUUUUCUUAUUGAUUUGGUGCCAGGAAUGCUUUUGAGUUAAUACUUCUACAAUAAAGGAAAUAUAACUGCUGGAGAAUUUUUUUUGUGUUUGGUUAAUUCACUUUAGUAGAAACUAACACUUCCUAUGGAGGUAUAUUUACAUGUAUAUGGAUAGAGCUGUUCUUGGUAUGUUCUGCAAUGUUUAGUUAAUGUAUUGCCACAAAUUUCCACAAAAUAAUUGGUUCACAUUAUUAUUUACAUGAACAUUUGCUUCAGUAACAAUCUGCAGUCAGUAAAAUGUAUUCCAACACUAAGAAUAAAGCAUAUAUUUAUUGCUUUUUUUUUCAGCAGAUUGUAUCAAUUUUUUAUUUGUUGCCAUGUAAACAUGUUGUAUGCUAGUUACAUACAUUAUCUAAACUAAGAUUUGCAUCAUAAAACAGAUAACGUGAAAUUGUGUAUAUCAUUAUUGAAUGGGGAUUAAAUUUGAAUAUAUGCGUUAAUCGCAGGAAGGGAUUAAAUUAUAUUUAACCAUAUUUAUAAUUACUGGAAAGCGGGAAAUAGAAUUUUGUCAAAUCAGUUUUUCUCAACUGAUAAAUUAUCGUAAUUUAAAAAUAUUUUAAAAUGUCUUGUUAAAAAUAAUUUCCUGUUCUCUGUAUGGGUGUGUUGUAUAUUUGUUUAAUAAACAAUUUUGUGAUUA